AUGAACGAACCGGCGAGUUUCUACGCAGGGUCUCUCUCUGGCUGUCCAAGCGGCAACAAACUAGACAAUCCCCCAUACAUACCACUCAUUUUGGAUCGGUCGCUCUACUCCAAGACAGUUUGUCCAUCCGCGUUGCAUUACAACAAUACUCCCCAUUAUAAUCGACAUAAUUUGUACGGAUACGAUCACGCUCGAGUCACACGAAAGGUGCUCAGUCGCAUGUUCCCCACAAGACGCCCAUUUGUUCUUAGUCGGUCCACUUUCGCCGGGUCCGGACGCUACACUAUCCACUGGACCGGCGAUAACUUGUCCAGUUGGGCUGAUAUGCGCGCCUCGAUUGCUCAGAUGAUCAAUUUCAACAUCUACGGAAUUCCUAUGGUUGGAGCGGAUAUUUGUGGUUUCCGUGGAGAUGCGACCGAAGAGUUGUGCGUUCGUUGGAGCCAGCUAGGUGCAUUCUAUCCGUUCUCACGCAACCACAACGCUCUCGCUUCACGACCACAAGAUCCGGCUGCUUGGAGUGCGAAUGCCACUGCGGCCAUCCGUGCAGCUCUCAAUACUCGCUAUCACUUGUUGCCGUAUAUGUACACGUUGUUUUUCCGAGCCCAUUUGAACGGAACCACUGUGGCCCGCGCACUAGCAUUCGAGUUUCCCGAGGAUCUAUCCACACAUCGAAUAAGCACACAGUUCAUGCUUGGAUCAUGUCUUCUCAUCAAUCCGGUUGUUGAAGAAGGUCGCACAAAUGUGGAGGCAUAUGUGCCUGCGGGUGAAUGGGUUGACCUGACCAGCGCAACACGAAUUGUCAGUACAGGUCAUAUGCGAAAUUUCAAAGCUCCUUUGCAUGUGAUUCCUAUCCUAGUUCGUGGUGGUUGUGUGUUGCCGCUUCAGUCAUCUGUUAAUGUUACCAGUUUCGCACGUAAAGAUGGAUUGAGUUUGUUUGUGGUCUUGUCUACCGUGGAUGAUGGAAGUGAAGAGGCCGGUCGCAAGAGUUAUGCUUCGGGUGAAUUGUUCUGGGAUGAUGGCGAAUCUGAGCCAUUGAACUACGUUCACGCGCAGUUUGAGUUACGAGAUCGUGUUCUGCGUUUGAGAGCCACCAUGUCCCAUCAGGAUACACAAAUGAGGCUAGAUCCAAAAGAGACUGCUUUGAAACGUGUCUUGUUGGUUGGUCUGGAAAAGUCACCUGAAUCGGUUUUCAUAAACAGUACUGAGUUGAAAUUCCGUUUCGAUGAUAUACUAAAAACCAUGGUGAUCGAUCUGCCGAACUUCACCACGAUUGCCAGCGAUAUUCAAAUUGUCUAUAGAUUCAAAUGA